UUUCAUUUGUUGUGUAGCCUUUUGUCUCUCGCAUCCCAUUUUUCAAAAAUCUCUCUCACUCACUCACUCACUGUCUCUCUCUCCUCUCUUGUUCAUUUACUUUCUAUAAAUCCAAACUCAUAAACAAAAGAUUUUGUCUUUCCAUCAACAUCACUCUUCUCAUAAACUCCCCCUCCUAAAAGACUCUCACUUUAACUCCUCCUUCUCUUCGUGUUCUUCGUCUUUCUUUUCACUUUUUUUUUUUUCUCUUCUCCACAAGCAAAGAAACAAAACAAAGAUGAGUUCAAGAGUGUUCAGAGGAACAACAACAACAACAACAACAGAAAACAACUAUUUGGUCCCCAGGAGAUCCAAAGACCAACAACAAGACACAAGUCCGGACCGUAACCGAAUCUGGUCUGAACCUCGUCAUAAACCAAUCGUUAACCGGAAAGUCCCAGUCGUCUAUUACCUCUGCCGUAAUGGUCAGCUUGACCAUCCUCAUUUCAUGGAAGUCACUCUCUCUUCCCACGAUGGUCUCUAUCUCAAAGAUGUGAUAAACCGCUUGAAUGAUCUUAGAGGGAAGGGCAUGGCAAGUCUCUACUCUUGGUCUUCUAAACGGAGCUACAAAAAUGGAUUCGUCUGGCACGAUUUAUCAGAGGACGACUUCAUCUUCCCAGUACAAGGUCAAGAAUACGUUCUCAAAGGCUCUGAGGUUCUUGAUUCUUCUUGUCUUAUCUCAAACCCAAGAAGCCUCCUCGAAACCACGUCCUUCAGGGAUCCGAGAUCUCUUAACCCGGAUAAAAACUCCGGCGAUGAUGUGAUAAACCGCCGGAGAAACCAGUCUUGGAGCUCCAUCGAUCUCAGCGAGUACAAGGUCUACAAAGCAACUGAGUCAAGCGCCGAGUCAACUCAAAGACUCGCUGCAGACGCUUCUACUCAGACAGACGAUCGACGGCGACGUAGAAAACCGGCGAAAGAGGAGGAGGAGGGGGAGGAGGAGGAGGAAGUGAAGAGGUCGUUGAGUUACGAGAACCAGAGCACAACAGAGCUGAGCAGAGACGAGAUAUCACCUCCACCGUCGGAUUCGAGUCCCGAGACUUUAGAGAAUCUGAUCAAAGCAGAUGGACGGCUGAUAUUGCGUCCUAAUAACGAAAGCAGCAGCACUGAUCAUCGGACGGUGGAGAGUUUAUCAAGCGGGAGGAUGAGAGCUUCUGCUGUGUUGAUGCAGCUUAUAUCGUGCGGUACGAUGUCGUUUAAAGAAUGUGGACCUGUUUUGUUGAAAGAUCAAGGGCUGUCGAUGACUGGGCGUAGCGGGUGUACGCUAACGAGAGAAGCAGGUGAUAAUAAUAGUAGUAGUAGUGUGGAGAGGGUAGAGAAGGAAUUAAAGAGUUUUGGAAGGGUACAAUUGGAAGAUAAGGAGUAUUUUAGCGGCAGUUUGAUUGAGACCAAGAAGGAAGAACUCGUUCCUGCUUUGAAAAGAUCUUCUUCUUACAAUGCUGACAGGAGUUCAAGGAUGGGACCAACGACGGAGAAGGACGAGGAAGAAGCGGUUCGAGCUAAGUGUAUCCCGAGGAAACCAAAGUCGGUGGCUGUAAGGAACAAUGGUGGGCAGCAGUAAUGAAACCGGCACGAAUGUCUCUGAUGAGAAGGGAAGCUAGACGGCACGUCUAACAAGCUUAGUUUGGGUUCGAAUAACAAAGAAUAGGGAAUGAUGAGUUGUAGUAAACUUGUAAGCAUUGUGAAUUGUGUAGGUAACUAUAUAAAAUUCCCUUUGCAUGCUUAAAAUUAAGAGUAAACAAGAUGGGUGGGUGCAUAUAUUUUUAUUUAUAAUUGUUGUAGUUUGAGCCUAGGUGUCUUUUGAGGUCAAAUUUAAAUCUGAUUUCUUUCAUAACCCCAAUGUUACCUCCUUAUAUAUGUAAUUGGGAAUCUCAAUUAUAAAUUUCAGUUAGUUUUGACAA